AUGAAGAUAAAGACCGAAUCCCACAAGAACAACGCCAAGACUCACGACGAGAACGACGCGGAAGCUAAUUUAAGAACUUUCAGUACUUACUCGAAACAGCCGGCCACCAUUACAGGAUGGGGAAUAACAGAAAGUGGAAGUACGUUAGCGACGUUGCAGAAAGCUAACGUCACCGUCUACGACAUCGACGUUUGCAAUAAACAAUGGAACCGGCAAUUAAACGGUUCUAUACAUGUGUGCGCUGCCCAAAGUAACACCGCGAUAUGCCUUGGAGACAGUGGCGGACCGCUUCUCGUUAACGGAAAUGUUCAAAUUGGUAUUUCUAGCUUCAUUAGUGACAAUGGCUGUAAUGAUCCUACCCGUUUCCCCGUGUUCACGCGAGUGUUCACUUACCUUGGCUGGAUAGCUGCCACAAUGGCCAACAAUCCACCUCCAGCAUCAGGCAAGUAG